AUGUCUUCAUAUCCCGAUCCCGAUUUACAAGAGAAAGACAAAGUGGCUUCUCCGGAGAAACCCAUCAGCGAUGAGGAGCAGCUGGCUGCCCUUGGUCAUGUACAAGAGCUCCGUCGUGAAUUCUCAUUAUGGUCUAUCGUGUGUCUUCAGAUCUCGCUGAUGGCAACAUGGGAGGCCCUUUCCUCUGUCGUUGCAACAGCUUUAACGAACGGCGGCGCUCCUUGCCUAUUUUAUAAUUAG